UACUGCUGCUACGGCUUGUGGGGUUGGCUCUGUUUUCUUUAACAGGAUUCUCUAAGCAUGGCCUGGUCUAUACAAACAAACAAAAGCAUAAAUCAAACCAUCCCAUAAUAAUCUCCUUAUUUCUCUCAACCCAGAUGGAGUAAACUUCAAUUUUGCAUGCCAUGGCUAAGAUAACAUCAUCUUCCUCUUCCCAAGAAUCAUUCUCCAAGAGACACUUCCAUUGGACAAACAAAGUCAGCAACGAAUCAGAACAAGAACAACAACAACAACAACAAAAAGAAGAACAACAUGAAGAAGAUGAUCAAAUUCAUCCAAAUAACCAAAAAGAAACAAAACCCAUCAUUUCCCAUGAUCAAAUCCCUAAACAUCACAACAAUCAGCCAUCCCAGUCGCAGAGGAGAAAAAUUAAGUCUUUAGCCAUUUCAAGGCUGAGAUCAGUCUUCCUCAACGCCUUCGCCAAGACACGCCAACUGAAUCCAGGUCUGGGGAAUCGUGUAGUCGGGACUCUGUUCGGCCACAAACGCGGCCACGUCCAUUUCGCGUUUCAGAAGGACGCGAAUUCCCCCCCUGCGUUCUUAGUUGAACUGGCAACCCCAAUCAGCGGUCUUGUUAAAGAAAUGGCAUCUGGGUUAGUCAGGAUAGCACUUGAAUGUAAUAAGAAGGAACCUGGGUUAGUUUCUGAGGAAGAAUCAGGGGCUGCGGCGGCGAUUGGGAAGCGAUUGCUAGAAGAACCGCGAUGGAGGACUUACUGUAAUGGGAAGAGGUGUGGAUUUGCGACGAAAAAGGAAUGUGGGCCAAGAGAGUGGAAAUUGCUGAAAGCUGUUGAACCUAUUUCAAUGGGAGCUGGGGUUUUGCCGAAGAUGAAGGAAGACGGCGAUGAUGAUCGCGGCGGCGACGGCGAGGAUAACGGGGAAGGAGAGAUUAUGUAUAUGAGGGCGAAAUUUGAAAGGGUUGUGGGUUCUAGAGAUUCUGAAGCGUUCUAUAUGAUGAAUCCUGAUAGUAAUGUUGCUCCUGAACUCAGUAUCUAUCUAUUAAGAGUUUAGAACAACCAUGGAUUUCUAUCUUCUUUCUUUUUUCUUUCUGUUAAGAAUUAGGGCAAACUAUGCCGAGGAAGACGGGUUUAUUUUGUAUGAGGGACACCGGUUUAUUCGAAGCCAAUUACAAUGGGGGCUUUAAUGUUUUUUAUUUUCUUGUUUAUUGUUGUUUAUAGAAAUGUGGAAUUGGGGUUUAUUGUGCUUCUAACUAUAUGGGGAUUGUGAUAUAUAUUACUUGUUCUGUUU